GUUAACUGCUAUCUUCUGGACAACCUGGUUUGUUUUAGACCACAUCUCAGAUUUUUCAACGAAUUUUCGCUUCUGAAAACUUGCAAUGGAUUCUGAAGGAAAGUACCACAGCAGGAUCUACUUCAUCUGCCCGGUAUGCAAGAAGGCUCCACGCACUCUUCCUGGGCAUCUCAGGACGGUCUGCAUGCAGGGCCGAACUGAGGAGGACAUCCAUGCCACUGUGCUCCAGUCCAAAAAGGAGAUGGCUGAGUUCUCACAGAACGGGCGCUUCUGGGAGUACCACACACUUCUGGAGAUUUUUGGAGCGGCUAAUCCUCUUGCCAGUAUGUUAAAGGAAAUGGAGAAAAAGGGCUUGGUGGUGAGGAACAUUCCUCCUAUCAUUCAUUUGCCAGCGUCAUAUGCUCAGAGUGCUAGCUCCACACUACAUGCUGAGAGAGAGAUGCCAGCAGCUGUGGAAGCAACAGAAGAACCAGAGCCAGAGAAUGAUGAGAACAAUGAGGACUGCUAUCAGAGCAAUGGGCCACGGUGGAGCGAUGAUGUCCGGGUGGAGAUGGCGAAAAGGGGACUUUACAAAAAGUUCUCCAUCAAACACCCACUGCUGGAUGGUUUUAACCAGUAUUUGCAAAAGGACAUGCGCAACCGUAACACCAAACAAGAGGUGGAAAAUGUAUCGAGGUUCAUGUACUUCAUGAACCCCGGACAGCCAGAACUGCUGUUUGUUCACAACGUGGAGAAGGUGCAGGAGUACUUUAAUGUACUCGCUGAGACCAAACUCUCCAAGCAAACUAUUCUGAACUACUGGAAAAGUCUUAACAGGCUAUAA